AUGAGCAACAAGUCUUUCAUCCUUCGUGGUAUCAACGACGUUAUCUAUGAAGAGCGACCCGUACCGGAAGUCGGUGACGAUGAGGUCCUCGUCGAAGUCAAGAAAACUGGCAUAUGCGGAUCCGAUGUUCAUUAUCUUGUCGCUGGCCGGAUAGGCGACUUCAUUGUCGACAAACCCAUGGUCCUCGGCCAUGAGUCGUCCGGCAUUGUAGCGAAAGUCGGACCAAAAGUGACAAACCUCAAGGUAGGCGACAAAGUCGCGAUGGAACCGGGAGCGACGUGCCGUACCUGUGAAGCCUGCAAAGCCGGCAAGUACAAUCUCUGCCCGGACGUCGUCUUCGCUGCAACUCCGCCCUAUGACGGAACACUCGGGAAGUUCUACAAAAUCCCCUCCGACCUGGCGUAUAAGCUUCCGGACAACCUCACUCUUGAGGAUGGCGCGAUGAUGGAGCCCCUCUCCGUCGCAGUGCACGCAGUCUCAACGCUCGCACAGCUGCGCGCGAACCAGUCUGUCGCGAUAUUCGGAUGCGGACCAGUCGGCUUGCUGUGCAUGGCAGUUGCAAAGGCUCUGGGCGCAUCGCGUAUCAUCGCAGUCGACAUCGUGCCCUCGCGCGUGGAGUUCGCGGUAUCGUACGCCGCGACGGAGGGUUUCCUCCCGCCGCCAUUCGAACAGGGCGAGACGAAGUUGGCAUACUCGAAGCGCGCAGCGGGGCUUCUGAAAGAGAAGCUCGGUGUGGAGGAACGCGGUCCGAAGGGUCUCGACCACGUUAUCGACGCGAGCGGGGCGGAAGUGUGUAUCCAGAUGGGACUGUUGCUCGCGAAGACGGGCGGCACGUUCGUUCAGCUUGGAAUGGGUUCCUCGGAGGUGCAGAUCCCGAUCACGCUGCUGCUCGUGAAGGAACUCAACGUGAAAGGCUCCUUCCGCUACGGCCCCGGCGACUAUGCUCUGUCGAUCGCGCUUGUGUCGUCCGGUAAGAUCAACCUGAAGCCGCUGGUGACGCACAGAUACUCGUUCGAGCACGCCGUGGAAGCGUUCGAGACGACGAAAAUGGGGAAGAGCCCCGACGGAAAGCCGGUAAUCAAAUGCAUGAUUUCUGGUAUUGGUGUCUCCACAGAGGAUCUAUAA